AUGGCUUAUCUUCGUCAUACGCCCGUUGUCGCGAUUCUCUCGCUAGCUGGUCUGGCGCUGAGUUUCUAUUGUAUCCAUGUACAACAGCACUCGGAGACAAAGCUUGCUUACAAGCCGUACUGCGACAUUUCGUUGAACAUGAUGUGUUCGAAGGUCGCGCUAAGUCCGUAUAGUCAUCUGCUGGCGCUUUACGGACUUGUCGAGCCCCAUGGGCCUAUGGAUAUUUCAAAUGGGCACCUUGGUGUCGCCUUCUACACUUUCAUGCUGACAUACCCCCUGGGUAAACAUGUGUGCACAAGCGUCUAUUUCCUUGCAACAGUUGCUGCUCUGAUGUUCUCGGGGUACCUGUGCUACGUUAUGUACGCAAUCCUAUCCAACAUCUCUAUCAUUUCGGCAGGUGUCGCAGUGAUAAACGCCCUACUGUUUGCGACCCUAGUUGGAGGCGGUCGUGCGGACGAGGUUACGGCAGAGGAAAUUGCAGGGCGUGAGCAUCGUGUCGAGGAGCCUGCAGUCCCUCGGCGAGAAGAGAAGAAGACGAAAUAG